CAAAAGCCUCUCCCUCUUCCUCUCUCAGGUGUAGCUAUAUAAUUUCUUCUAUAUAAUUUCUUAACACCAAACAAGGUUUUGACUUUUGUUGACCAUAAUCAAGGGUUUCCAUAAAUUCCUUCAUGGCUUCUUUAUUUCUUUCAAAUCCAAUCAUAUCAUCUCCUUUCCUUGGCAAGAAUUUAUCAAUUAAUGGGAAUUUGAGAAAGAAUAAAGUAUGUGGUUUGGUGUUUAGGAGCCCUAGAUGUGCUGCUGCUGAUGCAACUUAUGGAGGUAACAUUCCAAAGUACCCGAGAAGUAAUGUUUGGGAUCCUUACAAACGCCUUGGUAUAACUUAUGAUGCAUCCGAGGAAGAAGUCUGGAGUUCUCGCAACUUUCUAUUAGAUCAAUAUGGCGCUCAUGAGAAAAGUGCAGAGUCAAUAGAAGCUGCUUUUGAAAAGAUCCUCAUGAGAAGCUUUCAGAACAGAAAGAAAACAAAAAUUAACUUAAAAACAAGGCUAAAGAAGAAAGUAGAAGAGUCUCCACCUUGGAUUCAGAACUUACUCACUUUUGUAGAGCUUCCUGAGACUAUCAUUAUCCUUAGAAGAUUGUUUCUGUUUUCGUUUAUGGCUUUCUGGAGUGUUAUUAAUUCUGCCGAGGGUGGUCCUGCCUUCCAGGUGGCCCUGUCUCUGUUUGCUUGCAUAUACUUCCUUAAUGACAAGUCAAAGAGCGUAGCAAGGGCUUCUGUUAUAGGAUUUGGAUCCCUUGUAGUCGGCUGGAUUUGUGGUUCUUGCCUGGUACCCAUGAUUCCCACAGCCAUUUUGCAACCAACAUGGACCCUGGAGCUCUUGACUUCAUUGGUAGUAUAUGUCUUUCUGUUUCUUGGGUGUACCUUUCUUAAGUGAGAUCCCAACUGUCCUUGAUUGUAUGUUCAUUUCUAAACAAGAUAAGUUGUCACUUGUUUACGUUAGUCGUCCAUGUUGUUAUAGUUACAAGUUCGCAUUCGCUUGACAUCAAAAUCCUUAGUGUACUUUUGAAUGGCCACAUCAGUAUGAGUUGGUUUAUAUAUAGCCGGAUUUGCUAUAAGUUUA